AUGGAUUUUUAUUCCAUGCCAAGUGUUAUUCCUGCUAGUGAAAACUGCGAAAAAGCUUUUUAUUCCGAAAAAGCUUUUUAUCUCUCGUGGUCCAUAUGUAGUCACUAUGUGCAUUAUUUGUAAGUUUGUAACUGCAUGCUCUUGCAUGCAUAGGUGGGAGGCAAUGCACUGACUGCAUACCUGUUGUUUUCAUCUGUUGUUUUGAAGUAAUAUGUCAUGAUUUAUUCUUUUUUCUCUAGUGAUUACUACUUCACUAAUCUUGUGUGGGCCAACGGUCAAACUGUCAGUGUUACUUGGAUGAACCGAGAACAGACAACGAGCGUUGUAAUGUUAUGUAAGGCUGACAGUGGCGAUUGUAUCGAGGUACAACAUCCUUUGUCAAUUGAUGAUAUACUGCAUGGUGACAAGGGCGACAAUCCAUUUUAAAAAGUGGGGGUGGUGGAAGCCGGUUAACGGACGUAAUUUAUUAUAGAUUAGAUUACGAAUGUCCAAAAAGUAAUGGGGGUGCGUCCUUUCUCUCCCCCCCCCCCCCCCCCCUCUGUAGGAUUGACGGCCUUGCAUGAUGACAAAACUAGGGAGAGUGGUUGUUUGAGACACAGCCUUCCGUUUCUCUAGAACGAUCCAUAUAUGGGUCGGCCAGCAAAAUUGGCAAUGUGAUUAGCCGGAUUAGAAUUGAUCGGUUUUGCUGCUUUUUUGCGUUGACGUUUGUCGCUAAUGCCUGCCGCACACGAGAGGUUUUGGCUGAGGUAAUCGUCACGCGUGGCAUUAGCCUAAGGAAAAGCUCUCAUGUGCGCACGGUUUCUGCUGUGGAAUCUGACACACGAGGAAAGAUUCUAUCGUGUAUGAUUAUCUUGUUCACGCGAGGCAAGAAUCACAAUAUAUCCGUCAUACGUUCAGCUGUGACCAAUAUGUUCGCUACUGAUUAGUGCGCAAGCAUUUGUUAACUACUGUUUAAGAAAGUGUUAUAAAGAGUUUUGUACGGCUGGCCCUGAAGCAUUAAAUUACACAAAUUAAAUUCGACGGAAGCAUAACCAAAUAAUUGUAUGAUGUUUCUCUUACAGAACUAUAAAGAGGUCGUUGAUAAUGGAUGGGUGAAUCAAGGCGUAUGUAUAAAAAACAUUUUCUCUCCCAACCUCAACCUCAUUCCCGGGCUCUUAAAAACCCUGGUAGAGCUGGUCACAUGAUCUGCUAAAAUCUAGCAGAUUUUGAAUUAUCUUGGAUUCCUAAUCAAACUUGCAAAAAAAAAUGAAAGUUAUAAAUUAAAGUAUAAAUAUCAAAUAUUUAUCAUCAUCAUGAAUUAAAAACCUGCUAGAUUUUAGCAGAUCACGUGACCAGCUCCUACCAGGGUCUUUCUUCCACAAGAGGUAAGAGACUGGAAACGAGGUUGACCCAACCCCUCAUUUUUCGUAGUUUGUUCGGAAAAUUAAACAAAUUGAACAAUUCAUUAUAUGUUUUAGUAUCUAAACCCGUUAUUCUCAGCUGAUGGUGAUUUUUAUAUCCAAAUAUUGCCUCGAAAUGAAGGUCAAGAUGUUGGGAAUUACUUACACAUUGCCAAAGUUCCCUCAACUGUAAGUAAAAAGCUUGUGUAUUGUUCUUACGGGAACUUGUUGCGG